AUGAACUUCUCCGACGACUGGCGCUUCCUCUUCCCCGUCUCCUCCGUGUUCAACCCGCCGUCCCUCGCCCCGCCGGACGCCUCCCACGGGCCCCUCUUCUUCACCCCUCUCCCGCCGCCCGUCCCGCUCCUCUCCCUCCCCUUCCCCUUCCCUCCGCCCCUGCACGCCUCCACCACCGGCGACCUCCGCCACGCCCUCCGCUACUUCAUCGCCUCCACCUCCUUCCUCCCCUACUCCGAUCUCAAGUCCCUCUCGGGACCCCUCCUCGCCGCGCCGUCGCCGCCGUUCCCACCACCUUCCAAUCUUCUCGCCGUCCUCCCCUCCCGCUCCUCAAGCUCUCUCGUCCUCUUUUUCCCGUACGGCGAGAAUGCGGAGAAGAUUGCUUUCGCUCUUGUGAACUCCCCCGUUGCGAGCUCUGCGCCCGUUUCGCCCUUCGUUCAGAGGGAUGGGUUCAAGCACCCUGGGCACCGCAUACAGCAGCUUGCUGCUAUUCCUGCCCAGUCGUCCUGGUCAUCGGAGCCGGAUGACAGCUGUGUCGAGGGUUUCCUGCUUGCUGCGACAUUGUACACAGUGAGUUGGUUCAGGGUCGAGUCACGCGAUUCGGGUUCCCCGGUGCUUGUACCGGUGGCCAAGCAGGGGUUUGAUGCUGCUGUCGUGCACGCGUGCUGGAGCAGGCAUUUUCCGUCACAAUGUGCGGUGCUGCUGGAGAGUGGGGAGUUGUGUUGGUUUGAUCUGAAUACACGACUUGGAGGAAAGACGAGCGUUGGUUUUGGCAGCAAUGGUGAAGACUGGGGGGACUGGCUGAGCUGUGCGUAUGGAGCGCAACCGUGGAUGGUGAUCGUCGCAAGCACAAAAGCCGUCCUUUUGGUUGAUUUGAGCUUUGCAUAUCAUGGUGACAAAUACGCCGUGGAAAACGAGCCACACAAGUUUCAGUACAAGGUUCUAGCAAAAAUUGGGUUGCCAGGGUUGUUUGAAACUGAGCCUUUUGACAGGACUGAGCAUUAUAUUGCAUUCUGCAAGGCUGGGUUCGAUGAUUCCCAUAUAUCAGUAGUGACAGAGCGUCACUUGAUUCUCCUUGAUGUGACAAAGCCGUUGGAACCUGUGUUGGCUUGGCAGCAUGGGCUUGAGAACCCAAAUCAUGUUGCCAUGUUUCGGCUAUCUGAAUUGAGACCUUCCAAGGAAUAUGAUUGGGCUUCAAAUUCAGGUUUUGCCAUUUUGGUUGGUUCGUUCUGGAAUGGGGAGUUCAGUUUGUUCUGUUACGGGCCUAAGGAGCAAGGUUGUCUAGAUAAUUCUCAUUUAUACGCUUGGGAUAUUCCUUCGAGGCUUUCUCUGACAGGUCAGCAUUGUGGCUGCAGCAAUGGAAUCAUGAAAGAGAUAUUCUCAACGCCUAUUUCAGUAUAUGAUGGGUAUGCUUCCCAACACCGCGCUAAGUCCAUUGUUGGCUACUAUGUGCUUCCAGAUGACCUCUCAAUAUCGGAGCCAACAUCUGCCAGCUUUGCCUUGAUCCGGCUAACAGCACUGGGGAAGUUGGAAAUGCAACAGUAUCGUGCAUCUCGAGGUCUGCAUGAUGAAAUUGACACCCCAUGUGAUGAAUCAGAACAUGCAUCCAUGGAUAGUAGUUCAUCCAUUUUGAUUGACACUCAAGGUGAAAAUGUCUCCACCAAAUAUCGAUUCUUGAAGUUGCAUUUCCUAUAUGAACAUCUGAAGGGCAAUCUAUGCAGUGCGUUGGCGAAGCAUGGUACUAGUGUUAACGGAGACAGAGAUCAAAUUAUUAUUAGUGAAGAUGUGUUGGCAUUUGCAGAGGAUAACUCUAGAUCCAGCUCGUUGCCAGUUUCAGAUUUCCUAUGUAAUGCUAGCAUCCCCAUGAAUGUUUUCGAAAUUGCAUGUCAGAGCAUAUUGAACAGUCUACCUUCAAAUAUUCUUCAUGUCUCCCUUUCUAAAUACAAGGACAUGCUAAAAUGCGAUACAAAAGAAGGCUUAGUAGAAUAUUUAAAAGUUCCUAGCUGUUCGCCACACAAUGAACUUCGGCCUUUCCUGUUAGCGAAACCAUCAAGCACAUGUGAGAAGGUGACUAGCAAAGCGGUAUCUCAAAAUGCUCUUGUUGGGCCAGUGCUCCCUGUGCAUGUCCUACUUGCAAUGGAAGAGAUGAACAGGGGCAUAGACAGCUCUUCGGAAAGAGAAACUGCAGAAACUGACUUAGUACGCCAUCGAUGUAGUGAGGUGCUUGAAGCCUUUGUUCCUGAAGUAUCCAUUGCUGAGUCCGACAACUUUGAUGGAUGGUUCUCCUCACAAAAGUUGAAUGACAAGAAGUCAUAUCUUGUUUAUGAGCCUCGGAUUGAAAAUAAGUUUACUCUUGAUGAAACUGUUAUAAAGAAGGAAAACGAAGAGCAAAAUGCCGCUGAUCGUACAUCUUUUGAAACGUCUGCAGCACCAUACAAGGAUGAGAACUUCAUGACAUUUGUCUGUGGAAAAGCUGGAACUCUUGAUUCUGGGCCUGAACAAACCACAUCUGAUUUGUUUGAUUUCACCCCAGUGAGGAUGGAUUUUGCUUCCGCAGAUCUAGACAUUCAACCUGCCGAGGAAGAAGUGUACAGAUGCUUGAAGAAACAAUUUUUAAGAUGGCAAAAUAAUUUCAAGCCAUACCAAGAUUUUUGUAACUCAUAUAAAAUACAAAAGCCAUCAUAA